AUGUCAAAUCAACAAUGGAAUAUGUCUGAAGCAAGUAUUUUUGAUUUAUCAGAUGCUGAAGCAGGAAGUGUCGAUCCAUGUCAUCGAUUACUUCUGUUAAAAUUUGUUCAUUCAUUGGAUGAUGCUAGAUAUAGUAUUGAAAAAAUGAGUGGUACAAAAACAUCAGUACAUAUCGGACAAUUUUCAACAGAUCAUGCAAUUGCAACAAUUCGUAUGAGACCUGAACAUCGAUCAAGAUUUCAUAGACCAAAUACAUUAUUAUAUAAUGCAUCAGCACGUUUAUCAUAUCGUUUUAAUUUACAAGGUUCAAAUUUAUCACUAGAUGUUACUUGUUUAUCAUCUUUAAGAGUUUUAUAUAUGGCUGUGCAAUAUCUUCGUAGAAAUGAAGCUGAUUUGGCUGUAUGUGGUGUCGAUCAUUUAGUCCUAAUGCUAAUGGUUAUGCUAAAGGUAAAAAGUCAAUUGAUUAGUUUUUAUUUCAAAUUAAGUCUAAAUUGUUUAGGCGAUGGUCUUGGUCUUUUAUUAUUAAAACGAUUAAGUGAUGCUGAACGUGAUGGAGAUCGUAUAUAUUAUGUUAUUCGUGAUAUAUUUAGUGGUACACCAGUUGGUGAUCCAAUUGAAGCAAACUCUUUACGUCGAUUUUUUAAUCGAUCAAAUCUUGAUCCACCAUUAUUGUUAGGUUCAAUUAAAAGUAAUUUAGGAUAUACUGAAGGUGCAGCUGGUGUUGCAUCACUUAUUAAAGUUGCCAUGUAUAUGUAUUAUCGUGGUAUUACAGCAAAUAUGCAAUUUACUUCACUUAAUCCAAAAAUAGAAGCACAUAAAUAUAAUCUACAUAUUCUUCAAAAUUUUGUACCAUUUCCAACACUUCCAAAUAAUGAAAAAAUAGCUAUUGGUGUUAAUUCAUUCGAAACGGUUGGUUCAACGACACAUUCUAUCAUUGAAGAAUAUCAACCAAAUAAAACAUCAAUUCAAAAUGACCAUAUCGAUGAUGGAAAUCAUAUUAAAAGCAAACAAUAUUUUAUUUUUAUUGUUUCAAGUCCACAGUUAUAUGAAAGUGAACCUUUAUUUAAUAAAUGGAUUAAUUUAAUAAAUGAAGAAAUGUCAAAAAUUAGCAAUGAUGAAUGGAGAUUAUUAGAAGAAUUAAUUCAAAAGAAAAAUGAAGAAGAAUCUCGUAUUAAUGAUACAAAUAUUGCACAACCAAUGUUACUUGCUAUACAAGUUGCAUUAGCAGCUUUACUUGUUUCAUGGAAUAUUUAUCCAUCAUCAAUGAUAUCACAUAGUGCUGGUGAUCAAGCAGCUGCUUUUGUUGCUGGUCGUUUAAGUUUAAAAGAAACUGUUCGUGUGUUACCUCUUUCAAUGAGUGAAGAAGAAGUAGAAAACAAACUUGUGAAAGGUAUUGAACAUUUGGUUUGUAUUGCUGUUGUUAAUAGUCCUCGUUCAGUAACAAUACGUGGUGAUGAAAAAACAAUUGAUGAAAUACAACAAAUUCUUUCCAUAUCUUAUCCAAAUGUAUUUAAAGCAUGUGUUCAUAUUGAAAAUGCAUUUCAUUCAUAUCAAAUGAAUCGAUUUGAUAUUGAAAAAGAAAUGCUUUCAUCUUUGAAAGAUAUUCGAGGACUUCCAAUACAAGAUCAAAAGGAAAACUUUAUUCAACCAAAUGUAAGACAAACUGUUCGAUUUUAUGAUGCUAUAGUAGCAAUUAUAAAAGAUGAAGCAGCCAAUGUUUUUCUUGAAAUUUCACCACAUCCAGUUUUAGCUACAUCUAUUCGUGAAUGUUAUGAAUUAACAAAUCAACAACAAUCAUCACCACUUAUUCUUCCAACAUUAAAAAGAAAAGAAAAUGAACAAAUAACAUUACUUACAACAUCAUCUCCUCAUGUAUGGCAACAAUAUUUUCAUACUCGUCAAAUUUUACCUAUGAAAAAUUAUGAAGUAUAUUUUGAUGAUUUUCCAUUAUAUAAAUUUCAUUUAAUUCCAUGUUGGUAUGAAUCAAAAGAUUCAUCUAUACAACGUUUAGCUAAUCGUAUACCUACUCAUCCAUUACUUGGUAUUCGUCAAUUAAAUGAUCAAACAAGCGCAACAUGGAAAAGUCUUGUUAAUAUUAAUUUACCACAACAUGCUUUCUUAAAAGAUCAUAAAAUUCAAGAUGCAAUUCUUUUUCCAGCAGUUGUUUAUCUUGAACUUGCAACAGCUGCUUGUUAUCAAUAA